CUGAGUCGUUCGAUGGCGUUUGGCACGUGAAACUUACGUCAAAAUAAAACGUUACAGUUUACUUUGGUAAAAUUAUUUUGAAAUAAUAAAACAAAAUUGUACUAGUGUCGUAGAUAUAAAAAAAAAUUCGUCAUUUUCCCUUGUUUAUGUAGAUGGCCUACUUCAAGUGCUGAAAAUAAAGAAGUCGAUUAUUUUUAAUAAAUAUUCUUAAUUGGAUAACAAUCAACUACAGUAUGGAUUACAUAAGAGAAUUUGACAUAAGGUUAGACAAAGAAAUGUUUUACGCAGGAGAAAUUUUAGAAGGCCACGUGGUUCUAGACACAAUUGAAAAUUUCAAAUUGAAAACUGUUAGAAUUGUCCUCAGAGGCAAAGCCCACGCGGAAUGGCAAGUGUUGGUCAGCGGUGAUCGUUCAGCUAUUAAAGACGAUCAAUAUUUCAUCGACAAUCGUUCGUUAAUCUUCGGAAAAGUAGACCGGCAAGACGGUCCCGCUCCAAUCCUGCCGCGCGGAAUUCAUCACUUCCCAUUCAAGUUUCAACUUCCUCAAAGCUCACUGCCGUGUUCAUUCGAAAGCAAACCCGGAUACGUCAGAUACUAUAUCAAGGUCACCCUCGAUAUACCGUACGCGUCGCCUCCGCAAGGCAUGAAGUACUUCACCAUCAUAGGACCACACAUUGACUGCAUGGACGAUCAAUAUCUGAAACCAAUAGGUGCGCUGGAAAAACGGACUAAAUGCUGUUUAUGCUGCAAAAGCAAUAAAGUAGUAUUGCAAUGCUUACUAGAAAGGUCGGCAUACGUGUGCGGCGAGGCUCUGAGACUUAAAGCCAACAUAAAAAACCAAAACGAAAAGGACAUCAGACUUAAAGUCAGAUUACUGCAGAACGUACAUUAUUCAGUAGAACGCGGCAUGCUAGGCGUUCAAAACCAAAAAGACGUCCAACACUCGGUGUUGGAGUACAUCGGCGAACCGAUACGCACUGGGUGCGAAUCGCAAUGGGAUUCCGCCGACGGCCUGGUCCUGCCAGUGAUGCCACCUACAUUGAUCGGCAACUGCAGGCUGUUGCAAAUAUACUACCUACUAAAGGUCUGCGUGGAUUUGGGAAAGGGAGACGAAGACCUCAACAUAACGUUCCCGAUAACAAUAGCCACCGUGCCAUUCAGAAUACCAAACUGUAACAAGACUCCUCAAAUAUUUUACAGUGUCGCGUGCGAUCACGUGGAAGGCGGUAGGUAUAUUGGUCCGGAGUUUUUGCUAGGCGGUCAUGUUUACGACGGGUCGCAGACCGAACAAAUCGUUCUGUACCGGCCGGUGUACGUGAGCGUACGUCAUCCGAACUGCAACUCUACGUCGGUGGUGGCGACGGCGACAACGACAGCGACGACGACGACCGCGUGAACGAAUGCAAAUUCGACGGCGGCACAUUUACGAUAUAUUUUAUUGUUAUAUUUAUUGUAGUUUAUUAUUUCUCCGGCUAACAGUAAAAGACGAUAGAACCGUUGUGUGCGCGCUAGCGUGUAUGGGUGUGUGUGUGUGUGUGUGUGUGUGUGUGUGUGUGUGUGUGUGGUAUUACGGGAAGGAGAGAGGAAAUGCAAUUGAAUUAUUACGAUUUGCCAUCAUCUAGCUAUUAUUAUUAUUUUAUAAUUCUGUAUCCGAAAAAAAUUCAUAUAUUAAAUUAUGUUUGCUAAAAUUUUUUAUAAAAAAACAGAGAAAACAUACCUAAAACUAAGUUAUCUACCCUUCAAUACGGCCAGUACUGUAAGACAGGCGCGUAGCCAGGGGGUGUUAUAGGUGUUACAGCUACAACACAAUCCCUCAGCCGUGGUAUACUCAUAGAUUUAAAUUUUAUUUUUAUUCAUAAUAAUAAUAUUUAAAUUUUUCUCAUAAACCACUAUCUAUUCACUUGUAAUGCGUAAUACGUUUGUACAAUAAAGUAUACGUAAAGUUAUUAAUUUUAUGUGUAUAAUUUUGUCAAUUAAUUUUGAAUAACACCCCCCUUUGAAAUUCCUGGCUAUGCGCCUGCUAUAAGAAACGCAAAUCAAAAAGGAUCGAUGACUAUAAUUUAUUAUAGUACUUAUCUAUAAUUAAUACCUAUUCAAUAAAUGAGAGACCUGCAUACAUGUAAUUAUUUAGUCUGCGCAUGUAUACUCGUCGAUGUGUUUCGGUUUUAGAGUACUUACCUCAGUUGAUCGCGGCAAAUUGGCUUCGAUGUACCUGAUUUCAACAACUAAUUCAACCAAAACGGGAAAUCCGCCUGUAGUACCUGGUAUAAUUUCGAAUGUGGUUUUAACUCUGCAAACUUUCCUGAUAGUUUAGUGAUAUACUGAUAUCUCUAAGAACAAACUGAAAUUAUCAUCAAAAUUGGUCGAGUAAUUAUAAGUUAUAUAAACUAGAAAUAUACGAGCGCAUUGCAUUUUGUUGUUCAUUUAAAUAACAAACGAUUAAUGAAAUAUUAUUUUAUUUAUUUAAAAAAAAAAUCCCAAAGGCUACCCGUGGGCUUGAAUCUAUAGUUUAGCACACUUACAAAUAUCGACUUCAUUGUUUUUGAUUUACGUAGUUCAAAAAUCAGAAAUGAUAGACGAUAAUACAAUAUUGCAAUCAUAGUUUGUAGAUCGAACUUAUUUGAGGCCUAUUUUGAAGUUCGAAUUUCCAACUAGCAGUACACACACGCGGUAUAGUGGCACGUGCAUAAGUAUACUUAUCGAUAAUUUUAAAAAUCCACGAAAGUAUUAACAAUUAUAACGAUAAAAAGGUUAGGUAUAAAUUAGGUAAACGAUGUUUUGUUAAGCAAUAUUUCUUUUAAAAAAUAACAUCACAAACUAAAAUUAUAAAUAUAUAGGCUUAAUUAGCAGUGGGUGGAGCUAAUAUAACUACUAACUAAAUUAUUUUACAAGCAUUCACAAAAUUCAAGAGAAAAGGGUAGUUACAACUGUUACAAAUAAAAUGUUAAAUUGUAUUUUAUAUAUCUUUAUUUAAUCAAAUUAUUAUGAUAUGAUUUUACAUUUUUACAUUAAGAAUUGUUAGAAAUUAUUUUCAUUAGGUACUGCAGUCAUGGAUAAUUGGGGUACAUAAAAUACAAUUUAGGAUGCAAUUGCUACCUAUUUAAUACCACCACAGACUAAAUUAAAUUACUGAGCACUAUUAUAUUAAGUACCUGUUGAAUGUUCAUUUGAUUGACACACAUGAUAUAAAAUUAUAUAUUAAAAUUAUUAGUUAUUAUGAAUAUUUAUAAAUUUACAGUUAUUUAUAUAUUAUCAUACAAAUAUUGGCGAGCAGUAGCGGAUUUAGUAUUUUUUAUUUUGGAGGG